AUCAGUUUCUAUUGUAGGAAGUGUCCACCACGGCAUCGCAGACAGUUAUUAUAUUAGAUAUCGUGCACUCCUUACUCGUAAAGCAGGUUAAACAGGUUAUCCACACGCAGUGUAAAUGCAUUUAUUUAGGAUGUCUUUAAUAUCACUUGAUGUUCUUUAUUGUGAUGAGGUCAGGAGUCACGCGCGCACUUUCGCGAUGUAUUCGUGAUGUCAUCAAUACAUUUUCAUGACAGAUCAUUAAUGCAAGCAGGUUUCUGACACACAGCUGUGUGGCAAUGAAUGACUCAAGACUGAACACUCCUGUGUCAACAUAUUGAAGACACUCACUCGCUAUGCGGAUUUUAUCUUAUCGUUCGAGCAGAGUCUUUGAUUAAUUGCAGAAAUAGCUCUUUGGGGGUUUGUAGGUUCGUUUCCUCAUCAUGCUUCAGUUGGGAGAUGGGCUCACACUAUUCUCUACUGUCUUCAUCGUGGUUCUGGUGGGAACCAGAAGCGCCGUCUGGCCCACGGUGCUCACGGCCUCUCUCUACCUCUUUCUGGUGAUGUUUCGGUUUCCCCAGGUGCCCUCCAGCCGGGCCAGACAGGUGCUGCGGCCCGGGGCUAGAGCGUCGUCGAACGGCGUGUCAGCGGUGGCUCACCGCGGUGGUGGACACGACGCUCCAGAGAACACCAUAGCUGCUAUACGUAUGGCAAGUGAGAAUGGAGCCGCGGGUGUGGAGCUGGACCUGGAGUUCACCGCUGAUGGAGUUCCCAUACUGAUGCACGACGACACUGUGGACCGAACCACAAACGGAUCGGGACCACUGAGCAAGAUACUCUUCUCUGAACUGCGCAAACUAGACGCAGCCGCCAAACACCGAUUCAGUGACCGUUUCCGAGGUGAGAAAGUUCCAACGCUGCAGGAGGCUGUAGAGGAAUGCAUCAAGCGCCAGUUGACCAUCUACUUUGAUGUCAAAGGUCAUCCAGAUGAGGCAGCUGCUGCACUGAAAGAAUUAUUUCGGAAGUAUCCAGUGCUCUACAACACAAGUAUCGUCUGCUCAUUUGAGCCCAAAGUCAUCUAUAGGAUGAGGCAGGCGGAUCCUAAUGUGGUGACCGCAUUGACCCAUCGGCCGUGGAGUCUGAGUAAUUUUGGCGAUGGGACGCCGCGAUUCUCAUCCGCGUGGAAACACCACUGGAUGCAGGUGCUGGACGUGCUCCUCGACUGGGCCCAUCAUCACCUUCUGUGGAACCUGUGUGGAGUCUCUGCCUUCCUGGUGCAGAAGAACUUCAUCUCGCCGGACUAUGUGCAAUACUGGGCAGACCGAGGUGUGGAGGUGGUGAGCUGGACGGUGAACACGGCUGUAGAGAAGCAGUACUACCAGCAGCUACUGAAGGUCAACUACAUCACCGACAGUCUCGUAGAAGACUGUGAACCUCACUACUGAAACGCCACAAUGUACAAUCAUAAGAUUAGGCCUUUUAUAAUUCGACCAACUAAUCUCUGUUGUCCUUUACUCAAAAUAUCACAAUAUGUAUCUGUAUUGAAUUGCUUUGAUUUAGGCAGCAUGCAUUAGAGACUAAUUUACAGGGUAAAAAAAGUGUUAUUAUGUGCAAUUUACAAUAUGGGAGAUGUAAAUAUCAGUGUUCGAAUGUACUGUACACACCCACUCAGGUGAGCCAAAUUAUGACUACAUAGAUUUUAUUACAUAAUUAAUUUGAUACAAUUACAAUUUUAAUGUCAAUAUUCAAUGAAGGAGGUCAUUUUUUCAAAUGUAUUUAAUAAGCCUGCUUUUCUUUUAAUUUGUGUGCAAACGGCAUUGAAAAAAAUUGUUGCGCUACUGAAGAUUCAGUCUACUGUACGGCUUCUCGCUCAUUCAUGACAUUAGUUGUGCAUACCUUGGUAUUUAGGUUUGUUUCAUGUUUGAGUAUUAAUAACUAAUGGAACAGGUUACAUUUAAAAUAACACAUCUAUAAUUAUAUAUUCCAAAUAGGAGGCAAGAAAUGUAUAAGCAAUAACAGUGGUCUUGAUCUGAGGUCAGUUCUCAGGCAGCUACUAAAUGCCAACCUUAUGUUGGACACGGAAAUACUAAUUCAGGAUUAUUUGAAAGUGGCAUGUUUAUCUGUUUUCUCUGAUGAUUACAAUAAAAUAAAAUGAUUAAAUUCUUAA